ACAGCCUGCUUGAGCAUCCCUUGAAACACUGUCUGUCUUGUUAUUACUCUGUAUUGAACUGGUCAUCUUUGGCUUUAAUUUACUGUUCAAUUUACUGAUUAGUGUUUUAUUUUCUAAAUUUACAAGUAAAAUCACGAUGGGAGGAUCAGAAUCAACAGAAAGAUCAGUCUCAACAGUGCAAGAACUUGAUCAACCAUGGAGGACAACACACUGGGAAGGGAAAGAACUUUUGGAGAAAAAUCUUAGGGAACUUGAGCUGAGCGACUCUAAUGUUAAGUACGUCAGGAUCUUGCUAGCUGGAGAAGUUGGAGCAGGAAAGUCCAGCUUCAUCAACUCAAUCAAUAGUGUUUUUCAAGGAAGAAUCACAACAGAAGCCCUUGCUGACGCUGGGUUUAGCAGAAGUUUUACAAAAACAUACAGGACUUAUUACAUAAGUAAUGGACAAUCAGUUCUGCCUUUUGUCUUCAAUGACAUCAUGGGCUUAGAAUCUGAAGAAGCACAGGGAGCUCAUCCAGAAGACAUUGCCAAAUCCCUUGAGGGUCUCCUUAAGGAAGGGUACAAUUUCAAUCCAGCUGUUUCUGGUAAAGAUGUGGACUACAGAAGUGAGACAAGCCCUGAGCAUCUGACAUACUGCCUGGUGUACGUCAUCGCAGCUGACAAGGUAUCGAUGAUGAAUCAAGAAGUCUUCAAAAAGAUGAAAUAUAUUAGAGAGAAGGCCAGCAGUCUGGAAAUUCCUCAGGCAAUCAUCAUGACAAAGGUGGAUGAAGCAUGCCCACUAGUCCAAAAAGAUCUGAGAAAAAUCUACACUAGCAAGAAGAUAAAAGAGAAGAUGCAGGAGUGCUCUAAUGCGGUUGGUGUCCCUGUGAGCCACAUCUUCCCUGUGAAGAACUACCACGAGGAGAUCGAUCCUGAAAAUGACAUGGAUGUGCUGAUCCUGAGGGCUCUCACACAGAUUGUGCACAUAGCAGAUGAUCUGCUGAAGAGAAAACAAAGAGAUGCUGAAGCAGGAAACUGAAUCUGAAGCAGUGGAGACGUAGUAAUGAACUUUCAUUCAUAUAAUCGUAGCUUUAUACGCAAGGCUGAACUGUCUCCUAUGUUUCUGAUAAACAAGUUCAUGGUGAACUCAGUAACUGGGACGUCUGUCAAUGCUUGGGCAGAGAGAGGUGAUGAUGACUGGGAGUGUCAAUCUUAACAUACUGUCUUGUUGCCUGAAUUAUUUCUCAGAUGUAAUUUGUUUAUUUUAAAAAUACUAAUCUUUAGUAAAUCAAUAGAAUUUGCUGAGUAUUCUCAUAAUAUUAGCAUACACCGCAUGCUCAUUUUAUCCCAAAAUCUCAAUCUUGUUAUUGUCAGUCCUGUUACUAAUAUAAAGAGUAACAGUAGUGAGUAUAUAAUACAGAAUUUGAUCAGCUUUAGCCUACUAGUGCUGUAUAAAAACAACAACAACAAGAAGACAGUUCUUUACUUGUGAAAUGCUCAUGUUUGCUUUUAUUUCAGUGCAAUUGCAUCAAUAAACAAAAU